AUGCUGUCCAGAGUAGCCCAGGCCUCGCGCUUGGGCUUGAUGACAGCUCGUCUGUCACGGCCCGUCGCAUCUCCCUCUCUCCGAGCUCUUCCCGCCGCUGCUCCUCAAUUUGCCUCGCCAUGGCUCCGAACAUACGCCAAGAAAUCCUCCUCUCAACAAAACAAAGAUUCGAAACAGAAGCCUCCACAGGCGCAAAACGAUGCUGAAAAUGUCGAGAAGCCUGCGGAGAAUGACGUCGACAAGGCUGGCCAGAAGUCACCCGAGGCUCCGAAGGAGGGGGAGCAAAUACCUUUCCACAAGCUACCCGAUCUGACACAGGGUAUUCCUUCGACGCUGUUUGAGGAGAUGGGUGGUGAUAAGAAGAAGGAGCAGAAGGAACUGCAGGAGAUGGAGGAGGCUGAGUCGAGUGGUGGGCGUGAGCGAUCGGAAUAUGUCUCUACUUCUGAGCGAAAUCGCAAGUGGUGGACAAGAUUCAUGCUUAUCACAGCUGCUGCCGGUGGUACUCUGAGCGUUCUUUACAUGGGCCGAAACUGGGAAGACACCAUCGAAGCUGAGCGUCACUCUGACAUUCCCAACGGCCCUGGUCCUGGUCUGUGGUGGAAGCGUGCCAAGGCCCGUUUGACCGAGUCCGUCACUUACUACCAGGAGCCUGCAUUCGAGAAGCUCCUCCCCGAUCCCGAUCCUACGUUCGAGCGCCCUUAUACUCUCUGCCUGAGCUUGGACGACCUGCUUGUUCACAGCGAGUGGUCCCGUGAACAUGGUUGGAGAAUUGCAAAGCGACCUGGUUUCGACUACUUCAUACGGUAUCUUAGUCAGUACUAUGAGCUGGUCCUCUUCACCUCUGUGCCUUUUGCUACUGGCGAGCCUAUCAUGAGGAAAUUGGAUCCUUUCCGAUUAAUCUUGUGGCCCCUCUACCGAGAGGCUACCAAGUUUGAGAAUGGAGAGAUCGUCAAGGACCUUUCAUACCUCAACCGUGAUCUGAAGAAGGUCAUCAUCAUCGACACCAACCCCAAGCACGUCCGCAAUCAACCCGAGAACGCCAUCAUCCUUGACCCCUGGAAGGGCGACCGAAACGACAAGGAGCUAGUCAACCUCAUUCCUUUCCUCGAGUACAUCCACACUAUGCAGUACGAAGACGUCCGUAAGGUCAUUAAAUCCUUCGAAGGCAAGCACAUCCCCACGGAAUUCGCUCGUCGUGAAGCCAUCGCCCGCAAGGAGUUCCAAGCCAAGCAACUCGCCCACAAGCAAAAGCACGGCUCUGGCGUCGGUGCCCUCGGUAACCUCCUUGGACUCAACCCUAGCAAUAUGAGCAUGAUGGUCUCCCCCGAAGGCGAGCAAAACCCCGCCGAGGCCUUUGCGCAGGGCAAGAUGCUCCAAGACGUUGCCCGUGAGCGCGGCCAGCGCAACUACAUGGAGCUCGAGAAGCAGAUCCGCGAGAACGGCGAGAAGUGGCUCAAGGAAGAAGCCGCCAUGAUGGAGGCGGCUCAGAAGGAAGCUAUGAACAGCAUGAUGGGUUCGUUCAGUGGCAUGUUCGGCGGCGGUGCACCACCUCCUGAGAAGAAGGCCUAG